CGGCAAGCGCGGUCAGCUUUUGUUAUCGUGGGGUCAUUCAUUUCAUUGCUUUCAACUUUUUUGAUUUCUCUUUUCCGAGUGUGUUCGUGUUCUUGUGCCUGAGUUCCUUUGAUCUGAUUCUCCUGAGUGACGUAUAGAUCCGAGUAUAUCCUGGUUAUUGCCCAUCUCCUGCAAGGGGCUCUCAUUUGUUAUUUCCUUGCCCACUUCUGAGCUGUUGUUCCUGGCCACGAGAAUAUUUCAAUGACAAUUCUAUCCUUUCACAUGGACAAUAUGCGCGAAAUCAUAGGCGCGGCCAUGUCGCUCGCCUCGUGGAAAACCCUUGCUUUGAUCCUUGCUGUGAUCAAUUUGAAGAGCCUCCCGUUUGUCUGGCAUUUCCGCGUGCUGUAUCACUUCGUGGGCAACUUGCGUUUCAGACCCAGCGAUCCGUUUUUCCCCAGGGGAAGAGCAGUUGUGGAUGCGCAAGGCAAACCGACACAUCCUGUUUUUGUGCCUCGCAUGGUCACAUCCCGCACGCCGCUGUUGGAGACUGAUUACAAUCUGCACAAGUCCAACAGCACUUACUUUGCAGACUUGGAUAUUUCUCGUACCGCACUUGUGAGUCGACUUUACAGUCCGGGUGUGGGCAUUGUGAGCAAGGAACUCGAUGAGGAGUUCUUGGCUGCAGGCAAGAAAGAGGGCAAGCGUGCCCCGACGCGCAAGGCGAUCUCUAUCGUACUCGGAUCGGUCUACUGCACCUUCAAGCGUGAAAUCAAACCAUUUGAACUGUAUGAGAUGCACUCCAAGGUGAUCUCCUGGGAUAAAAAGUGGAUGUAUAUCUUGACCUGCUUCAUGCGACCUGCCCGCGGUGGCGGCGAAAAGACCAUGCUUGCUGUGGCCGUCAGCAAGUAUGUGGUCAAGAAAGGCCGACUCACUGUUGCCCCAGAACGGAUUUUGCGCGCAAGUGGGUUCCUCCCCGCUCCGCCAGCGGGGAUCGAAGCCAAGGCCACCCCAGCUGACUCUUCCGCCGAAGCUUCCGGCGUUGAUACCCCUGGUAGUACUGAAGGUAUCACUGCAACGGGGGUGGAUGGGUCGCUAGUUCGGGAAGUACUGAAGCUUAGCGAGGACCAGAUCCCCGGCCAGGAAAGCCUCGAGAAGCAGCAGAAAGAGAAUACCGACCUGUGGAGCUCGGAGGAAUGGACGUGGGAGCGCAUCGACCAGGAAAGGCAGCGGGGAUUAAAGGUUGUGGAUGGGUAUACUACGUUGGAUGACAAGUUGUUCGACGAGUGGAAGCAAUAGAGUGAAGUUAGCUAGACAUCCAC